AUUUGUAUUACCUUUACGCUAGACCAGGAAAGACUUAAGUAUUUGAAUAUGCUCAAAAGUUCAGUUUCAAUUAUUGUUCUUCUUGUGCUUCCAGUCUAUGUUUUUGCUGCACGAACUAGUAGUUGUCCCACGUCUUGUAUAUGUUUAAAGAAAAUUGGAUCUGCGUCAUGUCAAGAUACCUUGUUACGGUUCGUCCCAGUGUUUCCGAGCUAUAUAACACAACUUGACUUUUCUGGAAAUCGAUUAGAAAUAAUUAACGCUUCAACGUUUCGAAAUUUAGAAGGAUUGAAACUUGUGUAUGUUUCUCUGAAACGGAACGGCAUAACACAUAUCACAACUGAUGCCUUCAGUCAUUUUCGCUUCCUCCUUAAAUUGGAUCUCAGUAGGAAUCCUAAAUUGACUCCGUCUAUUGUAGCAGAUGCAGUAGCACAAAUUAAUUGUUUAGAUUUUAAACAAAUUAAACUUAAUAGAAUGAAAUGGAGCAAUGAACCAACUGAUUUAUACAUUGCUUUAUCACGCUUUAACAUUCAAAAGCUAGAAAUACUGGAUAACAAUUUCGAAAAUUUGAAUAUGACACUUCUAAGCGAAAAUUUGGUUCAGCUUAAAGAGUUGCGUAUUGGAUAUGGCAUAAUCUCUAUUAUCCGACCAGGAUUUUUACAAAAAUUAGAAAUACUAAAUCUCCAUUAUAAUCGUAUACAAAUAAAAAAAAGACUUUUUUGGAAAUGAAACAAGCUGCUAUUUCCCGAAACUUGUUCGCCUUAAUUUGGCGGCUAACUCCAUUACUAAUAUAAAUAACCUGUUCUGGUGUUUAGAGAAUCUAAAGUCUUUACGUCUUUCUGGGAAUCCAAUUUUAGGUUUAUUGAAUUACACUUUUCUUAAACUCCCGUCGCUUGAACUCCUAUACAUGACUAAUCUAGGAUUCCGAUUUAACAGAAUAGACGACAGAGCAUUUCAAAGCAUUACUUUGAAACAGUUAAAAUUUACUAACAAUCAUUUUGUUUUCCAAAAUGACACAAUGUACCAUUUUAAUAAGACCGAAAUUUUCAGAUAUAGCCCUACAAUAGAAUAUCUUGAUUUAAGUGGCAACAAAUUCCCCUCUAUACAUGUUUUAGAAAAAAUGUUAUCGUCAUUACGAUCUCUAACACAUCUUAUUAUUGACAACUGUCAACUGAUUACACUACCUGAGAAUUUGUUUUUCAAAUUGCCUAACUUAUCAUAUGUUUCAUUUGAAAACAACAGAAUCUCAUCUUGGAAUGGACAUAGAGUAUUCGGAAACCAAUCAUCUGUCCGAUCGAUAAUAUUGACCGGAAAUGCUUUAUCAACUAUAAACGAAACACUGUUUCCUCGAAAUGCUUUAAAACAUUUAUCAAUUUUGUCAUUAGGAAACAACCCCGUUGCAUGUACAUGCUCUAAUGUAUGGUUUCAAAACUGGAUACAAACGGAAAAAAUCAUUUUCGAAAAUUAUCCAGAAUUGUACCAUUGUAAAACGCCUCCAGAAAAAGACGGUGAAAUGCUCAAAGAUGCAAUACCAACACAUUUCGAAUGUUCCAAUACAGAUAAGGAACUAUUCACUGCGGUUGUCACAUCACUAUCAUUAUCAGGAAUUGUGUUCGUUAUCAUUUUCAGUUUAAUCUUCAGAUUACGAUGGCAUAUACGAUAUUGGUUAUUUCUUUACCGUGUGAAAAAGAAAGGAUUUUCUCUUAUUUCAAAUGAGGAAACAGAUUAUAAAUUUGAAGCAUACGUAAUAUACUGUGACAAUGAAUUAGAGUGGAUUCGCAAAAAGCUUUUAGAAAAAAUAGAAAACGAGUCGGGAAUUUCUUUAUGUAUAAGAGAUCGAGAUUUUGAAGUUGGAAAAGUGUAUGUCGAGAACAUAAUUGAAAAAAUGACCGCAAGCAGGAGAAUAAUUCUCGUUAUAUCUCAUGAUAUGGUAAAAAGCGACUGGUGUCUGUUUGAAUCAAGAAUAGCGCAGGAAAAAUGUCUUAACAUGGAAUCUGACGCAUUAAUAAGUCUUAUGGUAGAGGAUGUGUCUGAAGAAAAUAUAUCAUCAAGUUUGUGUGCUUUUGUUAAUACAGCAUCACUUAGUAAAUUUCCAACAAAAGAAUAUGACGAGGAACAGUUCUGGUUGAACUUAACAAAAUUACUUCGAAACCAAACAUAGAAUUGUCGAUAUAAAAUCCUGAAUAAACCUUAUUUCAAAUUAAUUGUGUCAGUACGCUUCUUAGCUUUGCGAGUGAAUCGCGCAAGGAUGUUCUUUUGUUUCAUUUACAAAAUGAAAGUGCUGUUUUCUGCCAGAACACACACCGUUUUAUGAAGGAACAUUUUUGUAUAGAUAAAUUUUUUGAGAUCAGCGAUUUUUUUUUGAAUUAAGAAACAAUAGGACAAAUCAAAGAUCAGUUGGUCAGUUUUUACCAGAAUUCAAAAGGUCUUUUAUUCGUAGUAUUGCUAAUAGUCUAUACAUAUAAUUUCAGAUGACACAUGUAGAUAGAUACAUUUUAAUCUAUUAAUUUAGAGGAUUUAUAUCAAUUCAUGCAUUAUCAUUUCUUUAUCUCGAUAAAUACAUCUUAGGUUCAAUAGUUGACAUUAUGUUAUUUUUAUUUACAUCAGUGAUUAUGUAUCAGUUAAAGCAUAAACUUACAAGUUAAAUGCUACGACUGUGA